GCCAACUACUCUGGCUACUGUUUAGAUACUCCGUUCUCCGUAAUCUGCAUUGCGUGUGCAAUCCAACGUCGAGAAAUCCACAGCACAGACUGCCCCACCUGGUCUACUCUUCGUCCCAUCCCAUCCCAUCUCAAGAUUUCCCAUAGCAAAUCUGGCCCUUCUGACGCGGCCCAUUUGACCCUGCGCCUGAACCCUCCACUCAUCCGAAACACCACCGCACCCUUCCCCCAUUGCGAAACAAGCGCGCCGCCCUCGCAGUGCCUGGGGCUUUGACCUCGUCGACAGCCACAAUGGCUUCUUCUUCCUCUUCAGCGUGCCCUCUGCCAUCCUUAUCGUCGCCCGCUUCCGUCGCCCGCGCUGCCCCGAGAUUGCUAUCCGCCCCGACACGAACCACAGUCUACCUCGCCCUUGUCGCCGUCUGCCUCCCAAUGGCUCUCACCCACGACCACAGCGUCGAGAACAUCCCCGAAGGCGAUGCCACCUCUCCAGAACCCAUCGACUCGACAUUAUGGGCUCACAUCUUCGUCAAUAUGCUGGCCUUUGGCGUGCUGUUCCCCCUCGGCAUGGUGCUAGGCAUGACCAAGAGUCGGUGGCAUGUUCCUGUCCAGGCCCUGUCUUCCAUCCUCGCCCUCCUCGGAUAUGCCCUCGGCCACAUGCACGGCGGCCGCGAGUUCCUGCCCACCAACGUCCACGCGCAUUUCGGCGACUGGGUUUACCUCCAGAUGUUCGCCCAGAUCAUCGUCGGCGUCUACCUCAAGCUGCACCUGGAGAAGGGCAUCCAUAAGCGCAUACGCCCUGUCAUCCGCCUUAUCCACAGCAUAAAUGGCAAGACCUUUCCUGUCGUCGCCUGGGCCCAGAUGCUGUUCGGCGGCAUCACCGCCCUCGGUUUCUGCCAGGGCGACCACCUGGGCCAGUGCCUGGCCCAUUUCAUCAUGGGCAGCGCCUUUAUCGCCUACGGUAUCCUCCUGACCAUCGCCAUGCUGGUUGGCCAGCUGUGGAUCAAGCGCACCGGCCGCUCCCAGGAGUUCUUCGACAGCGUCGUCAUCGCCGCCUGGGGCUGUGUCAACACCUUCACCGAGCACAGGUGGGGCACGGCCUGGGUCAAGAACGACUGGCAGCACACCACCAUGGGCAUUGUCUGGUGGUGCGCCGGCCUGGCAGGCAUCUGGCUGAGCAAGGACAGGCUCGGCCGCCCCAAGAGGAACUUUAUCCCGGGCUUCGUCAUCCUCAUCACCGGCUGGGCCAUGUCUGCGCACCCCCAGGAACUCAUGAUCUCUGCCAUGACCCACAAGGCUUUUGGCUACACCCUCAUGUCCGUCGGGCUCACCCGCAUGAUCGAGGUCUCCCUUGUGCUCCAGGGCAAGGUGGGCAUCUCGGACGACGGCUAUGAGGUGCACAGCUUCCAGUACAUCCCCGUGUUUCUUCUCUACGCGUCCGGCUUCUUGUUCAUGGGCGCCACCGAGGAACAGAUGCUCCUUGUCAACUCGUCUGGGAUCGACCACGUCGCCUACGUCCUUAUCCUUUACAGUCUCGCCUUCAUCACCUUCCUCUUCUCCAAUGUGCUCAUACACAUUUUUGACCGCGGCGUGAAUCUGAAUGGGUACACCAAGGGGGUCAACGGCCAUGCACAGGGCUCCAACGGGCACACCCUUGCUCCAGCACAGGAGCGCAGGCUGCGGGACGCCGAGGAGUUUGAGCUGGAUGACAUGAUGAGCGACGAGGAUGAGGACGAGGCCCAGCGGCGCAAGCUUCUGAAGGAGGAGAAGGAUGAUGUGGACCAAGAUGGAGAGGGACUGUCGAGCCCCAGCACGGUGGGCAGGAACAACGAUCGGGUUGCUUAGCGAGCGACCCAUCACAGCACACCGCCUCGGAGAUCCUGCAGGUGUGGCAGUGGUAGAAGGGCCUACACACGCGCACCGAGCGACGGCUGUCUAUUUUCUUCCCUUCUUUCUCUGGUAGCAGUGAGGAGGUGUGCCGUGGCACACGUAUUAUCAAACAGCAUAUGGGGGGCGUUACGGGAGCAAACAGCAUUGGCCGUCAUCUUGUGUCUAUUUCCGGGACUUGUUUCUUUACACGCUUCAGCAAGGAGAUCUCAUGGUUAUGCAAUGAAUAGAUUUACAAAAGCCGCCUCAAAUCAAAAUCAAUCGAGAAUAUCAAGCA